GCCACAGUUGUUGCUCGGGGAGCGAACGGCUCACUUCAUCUCGCACACGAAUUGUACGAACAGGGAGCACGAUGCGGUGCCACCUCUCUGUGCAGCUGGCAGUGGUCUGCCUGGCCGUGGCCUGGCCGGGGAGCGCCCUCCCUCGGCCCGCCGAGGCCGACUGGGACGAGGGGGUGCCGCACUACCGGCCCGAGGACCUGGUGCGGCCGCCGCGAGGAGUCACCCUGCCGCUGGCGCCGGCCGUCAACUUGACAGAGGGCACCGUCAACGGCCUGGUGUACACCAUCGACCACGGGCGCACCUUCCUCGCCUACCAGGGCAUCCCGUUCGGCGAGCCGCCCACCGGAGACAACCGGUUCAAGGCGCCGGUGAAGAAGGGCUACUACGGCGACCUGAACGCCACCUACCCGUCGUACAACUGUCCCCAGUCGGGCAUCCAGGGACCGGGCACCGAGGACUGCCUCUACCUCAACGUCUAUACAACCAAGCUGCCUGAGGACUUGGAGGGUCCGCUGCUGCCAGUCAUGGUAUUUAUCUACGGCGGAGGGUUCACCACCGGCGGCUCCAGCCUCUACUACCCGGACCGGCUGCAGCGAAAUAAGGACAUCGUAGUGGUGACACCACACUACCGGCUCGGAGUCCUUGGAUCGUUCACCACGCUGACGGACGAAGCGCCCGGGAAUCUGGGCCUGCUGGACCAGGUGCUGGCUCUGCAGUGGGUGCAGGACAACAUUGACGCGUUCGGCGGCGACCCAGACCGGGUGACCAUCUUCGGCGAGUCGGCCGGCGGCGCCAGCGUCUCCCUGCUGCUCGUCUCGCCGCUCGCCAAAGGUCUGUUCCACGCGGCGAUAGCUGAGUCCGGCUCGGCGGUGGCCGACUGGGCCUACAACAGCGACCCGCUGGUGACGGGCCGCGCGCUGGCCACCAAGGCCGGCUGCCCGCUCGAGCAACCCGCGCUGCUCCGGUGUCUGAGGGACAUGACCGCCCAGCAGCUGGUCCGCCUCGGAGACGACUUCUCGGCCGAAGAGCGGAAAGCGGCUCGUAACGGAUUUGACGGCCUGAACCCCAUCAUCCAGCCGGACACGAUCAGCGAACAAAACCGAUUCCUGCCCAAGGACCCUGUCGAACUCAUCACGGAGGGGAACUUCAACAAGGUGCCCACCAUCCACGGCACCAACAAAAAUGAGGGCUCCUUCAUUUUCGGACUGAUGUACAAUGACUAUUUGAAAGAGAACAAUCUCAUCAACGAUACCGACUUCUUGAAGAACGACUGCAUCCAGAAAAUGCUGUAUACUUUUCACAUCAACGACCCAACGGGAGGCGUGAGCCAGUCGAUUGCCGACAACUACUUCUACUACGUGGACAGCUGGGACGUGAACACCAUGUACCCCGGACUGGAGGACCUGACGGGCCUGUUUGGGAUGAAAGCUGGCGCCCAGACAAUGGCCCAGCUGCUGGCCGAGGCCGGCGUGCCCUCCUGGAUGUACUCAUUCGAGUACCGCGGCAGAAAGAGGCUCUCCAUGGCGCACUUCUUCUUCAUGGGCAGGGACCGGCUGCCCUUCGACACUGGUGUGACGCACGCCGACGAGCUCAUCUACCUGUUCCCGUUCCCGCUGAUGACCGGUCUCAACGAGGAGGAAACACAAGUCAGCCACACCAUGACAGACAUGUGGACCAACUUCGCCAUCCACCACGACCCGACGCCGGCCGACUCCGGUCUGACGCGGUGGCCGCAGGUCUCCGAGGGCGGCGCCUACCUGCAGAUCGCCGCCACCGUCGCCGUCAAACACGACUACAGCCAGACGUUCGACGUGGCCGUACAGGAACGCGUCAACGGCUCCGUCACCACGCCGGCGCCGACCAGCCCGUCGCCGCCGGCCUCCUCCUCCAGCGAGCCGAGCUGGCAGCACGAGAUGGAGCGGCUGACGGACCAGCGGGACACCUACCGGGACACCACCAUCGGGCUGGCCGUGCUGGCCGGCGUCGGCGCCGUGCUGCUCAUCGUCACCGUCACCAGGCUGCGCCGUGGCUCAGGACGCUCUCCAAAGACCUUCCCGGUUAGCUAAAUCCAGCGGGAUAGAUAGCAUAGUUAAUGAGGCUAUGAGGAGUUUUUUUCUGUGGUUAUCUGUUGAGCUGAGUUCAAAGUCAUCGUCGUUUCCACGUCAGGUCAGUAUGGACUGGAUAGUACAAUGUUCAAGUCAUGACAAUGAAUCAACAUCGAGGAAGAACCAAAGCCAUACCGACGAGCACGACGACAGAGACGUCCCAAUGCGAAGCCACGUCAUUUGGGCGCGUGAAUAUGUGCAAUGCGAUUGUGCCAAAUGUGUGUCGCGAGCUUUGUAUAUAACUAUAUGCAUAAUUAGUGUUUAUUAAUUGUAUUGCUCGUGUCCUGUAUGUACCCAAAUACAUUUGAAAGAAAGCAA